UCUUGGUCCCGCCCUCCCUCCCUCCCUUACCUCCACGCCUGGCUUCCUUGGCUAGCUAUCUCUGCGCUCUUUACCCUUUGCUGGCAGCGGAUAAAAGGGGUCUGAGGAAAUACUGAACACGGUCAUCCCAUCGCCUGCUCUACCCUUUAAAUUCCCAACCCGGGGAGAUCUGUGCACAGCCAGACCGGGCUGAACAACCCAUCCCGAGAGACAGGAGGGCAGGUUUUCCGAGCGCAGCUCCGCCACUCGCCCACACCAACGAGCUCCGGAACCGAAGUCCACGCUCGAUCUCAGCGCUAGGAAAGUGAGGCGAGCAGCCGACAGCCACCAUGCCGGCCCACAUGCUCCAGGAGAUCUCUGGUUCCUACACCACUACCACCACCAUCACAGCGCCUCCCUCCGGAAACCUGCAGAAUGGACGGGAGAAGCCGAAGACGGUGCCCCUCUACCUGGAAGAAGACAUCCGUCCCGAAAUGAAAGAAGAUAUACACGACCCCAGCUACCAGGAUGAGGAGGGGCCCCCGCCCAAGCUGGAGUACGUCUGGAGGAACAUCAUCCUCAUGGCCCUGCUGCACGUGGGAGCCCUGUACGGGAUCACGCUGGUUCCCUCCUGCAAGGUCUACACCUUGCUCUUCGGGAUUAUGUACUACUUAAUCAGCGCCCUGGGCAUCACUGCCGGGGCUCAUCGCCUUUGGAGCCACAGAACUUACAAGGCUCGGCUGCCCCUAAGGGUUUUCCUCAUCAUUGCCAACACCAUGGCAUUCCAGAACGAUGUGUAUGAAUGGGCCCGAGAUCACCGCGCCCACCACAAGUUCUCAGAAACACACGCUGACCCUCACAAUUCCCGCCGUGGCUUCUUCUUCUCUCACGUGGGUUGGCUGCUUGUGCGCAAACACCCGGCUGUCAAAGAGAAGGGCGGAAAACUGGACAUGUCUGACCUAAGAGCUGAGAAGCUGGUGAUGUUCCAGAGGAGGUACUACAAGUCCGGUCUCCUGCUGAUGUGCUUCAUCCUGCCCACGCUGGUGCCCUGGUAUUGCUGGGGUGAGACUUUUGUACACAGCCUGUUCGUUAGCACCUUCUUGCGAUACACUUUGGUACUCAAUGCCACCUGGCUGGUGAACAGUGCCGCCCACCUCUACGGAUAUCGCCCCUACGACAAGAACAUUCAAUCCCGGGAGAACAUCCUGGUUUCCCUGGGUGCCGUGGGCGAGGGCUUCCACAACUACCAUCACACCUUCCCCUACGAUUACUCUGCCAGUGAGUACCGCUGGCACAUCAACUUCACCACAUUCUUCAUCGACUGCAUGGCUGCCCUCGGCCUGGCUUAUGACCGGAAGAAAGUUUCCAAGGCUGCUGUCUUAGCCAGGAUUAAGAGAACUGGAGACGGGAGCCACAGGAGUAGCUGAGUUUGGGGCUUCUGAGUUCCUCUUCCAAAAGUUUUCUGGGCAGAGAUUUAAUAUUCUAUUGAUUAACUACUGGAUAAUGCUAUCAGGAUGUUAAUGAUGCAUUUAACCUAUUCCGGUAUAGUAUUCUUACAAAAUGAGAAAGCUUUGAUCACAUUUUGAGGAGAUACAUAUUUUAAUUAGCUAGGAUUAACCAUGCCACAAGACAUAUAUAUUUCUAAGCCUACACGGUAAAUGCAUAUACAAUUUUGCACAUCAGCUUUAAAUAAUAACAUAAAUUUGAACAUUCUAUACAGAGAGUAUUAAAACCAAGGAGCAUGCUGUUUUGAUGCUAGGGUGAGCAUCGUGCUCAUUCCCAGUUUGCAUUGCAUCUAGCUUAGUUUCCUUCUCUGCCGCCACCACCUUCAGGCAAAUAGCUGACCAACCACCGGCCUGUGUCCACCCUCCAAAGCCCAGGCAACCUUUCUGCUUUCUGCAAUACUGAUCCUUCCUCCUGAAUACAUCUUUCCUUGUCCGGAGCUUCAAGCCUGCUGCCUCAAACUAGAGCUAGAACAAAACCUUCUUGGAAGAUCCCACUGAUGAACUUCACUAGAGGUUUUGCUAGAUGGAAUGAGAAAAUUAUCUUGAUUUGAUGCAUAGCAAGUAGAUCAUCUCGAGAGAAGAGUUAGCAUGCAUGCAUGGUUUGUAAGGAAGGAUGGGAAAGAGGGAGGGAGAGGGAGCCAUAUCUAACGGCCUACUUACCAAAGUAAGGCCUCUCUGCUUGCCAUGCCUCCUUUCAGUCCAUAUUCUGAACCACAGAGAUUAGUGAGAUUUGAAUAAUUAAAUCAGUUUCAGAGUGAAGGAGGAAAUGCGUGGUCUGUGCUAGGGAAGGGUUUUAGCUUUUGGUGUCUGAAGAUUUUUUCAUAGGAGAAGUCUUCAUGUUCAAUGUGCCUAGAACCAAUAACUAAACAGCUGACAUGGUAUAAAACAAUGUAAAUAUAAGUAAAAUCUUCACUUGGAACAUGAAAAUAUUUCACUUAGAAAAAGUGUUGCUAAAGAAAAACUCAAAGGACAAGAGGUGUUGCCUGGGUUGCCAGUUUCUUUCUGUGGCUGGGCAGGAAAUAGUGCAGUUGAGGGGGCAGCAUCUGUAAGCAGAUGCUAAGAGGUGCAUUUCCAAAUGAAACCCAUGGGGAACAUCUGCCAGGGAUCUGCAUGGUGUUGGCUCUGUCCAUUGUUUUCAUUUUCUCCUUGGAUUGAGUAGAAACGUGGCUUCUCGGGGGUUGAACUUUCCCUGCCUUCUUUGCUUUGUGGCCACACAGCCUGCCUAGUGCUGCCCACCUGGAUUUCUUCUGCCACUUCUUUCUUUAGCCUUUUUUCUUUCCCUAGACAGGCAGCUGGUUGCCUGAGUUUAUCAAGUCCCAGGACUUACUGUUGUCCAGGCCCAUUCCUCCCCUAGGUAUCCGUGGGUGUGGAACUGCUGGGUAGCUUCAGGAAGCAGAGCCAGGUGUCACUUUUCAGUUGAUGUGUCUCUGUUGAGAAGUUGGAGUAGACAGCCUAUUCACUUCUCCCUGGGUGCUUUGCAAGGUGGCUCUGGCUGAUCAUGGCAGGCAGGCAGUGGCACAGUGCUUCUGAAAGGAAGACGUUCCCCCAUUUUAUCUGUUAAAACCCGAGAGGCAUGGGCAAGUGUUCAGGACCUCACUCCAAGAAGAGGGUCUGCUUCCUGAAGCCAGUGUGUGAUGAAAAGCAACUGGAACCUGGUUAUCCAAGGUGCCAUGAACUAACACUCUAUCACACAGCCCAGGGCAAAAAGUGGUACAGAAAAGUCUAGAAGAAAACAUCACAUCAGUGUUUUAGAAACAUCAACCUCUCCUGUCCCCGUAGCCCAAUCCAGAGUCCUGGCUGUUAGGACUGGCUGCGUACAGUGCCAAACGCUCCGUUCACUUGUAGGAUCAGAGCCUUUCUUUUUAUGUUAAUUGAACACAUGCUCUGAGCUGUUUUGUUGAAGUAGAAAAUCUAGUAGAAAAUCCCUGUAGAUCUGCUGACCUGUAACCCUCUGGAAAUGCCUCUGGGAUGGUUUUACUUUGCCAGAUCACAGAUGCCUCAUUUAUAAGAUGAACAAUAAAAUCAGUUUUCUUUCUCUUCUGAUCUCAUUCCCCGGAUCUGAUUCAGGCCAUGUUCCAAAGCAAGGCUACUUAGAGACCUCAGGCUGAGGUCCCAGUGUCUUUAGGUAAAAGACACUCUUUCAGAUCCUCUCAAAGGGGGUUUAUAACAGUUUCCAGAUGAAUGUACUAAUAGCUUCGGGUGCCUUGUCUCUUUCCUAAUCUGUAGUGCCUAUGAGUCCAGCCUCACUCCUUCCCUUAACCCUGAGACCCAUUAGAUGGAGUGGGUAUAGUGAAGAGGCUGACUAGAGGAACAUCAGUACAGUGAUUUGCAGAAAUCUUUUACAGGCUUCAUUUUGGAGAAUUUGUUUUUAGGAAAUGCUCAAAUUUGGUGGGAAGUAAUCUGUGUUAUUCGAUUGUAUUGUAGUCCUCGUUACUAUUGUUAAACAUGCUAUAAACAGCAGUUGGCACUUGGGCUGCUAAUCUCUGGGCGUAAUCUCUGAAACUGUAGCUCCAGUGAGAUGGUGGCAGGUUAGCAAAGCCACCAUCCGCUGGUGGCUUAAGCCAGGCCUCUCUUAGCCACUGACUUGCUAUGGCAUCCUUUCUCUUGUAACAAACCCACCCCAGAGAUGAGGCCUUCCAUCCUCCCAAGAAACUCCUGGGCUAAGUAUCUGACAGUCUCCCAUCUCAACAUUGUGACUUAAGUGUCCAGAGCAUCACCUCAGGAGGACACAGUGACACUCUCACUCUGGGCGAGUCCUGACCGAACAGGCUACUAACACUGACCUACCUCAAGGGUAGUUCGGAGGUGAUUAGAGCUUUUUUUUUUUUUUUUUUUUUUUUUAAACCAAGUAUUUGGGCAUCCUCAGCAGAGGUUCCCAUUACAGACUUAUAAAGAACUAGAUCUGUUCCAGAGACCAUCUUUAGUCUACAUUGCUCUUCCCAGAGACUGACAGAUAUGGCCAGUCGAAGUGCAAGACUGCCUACACACUGCCAUGAAAACCAUGUAGGAAACCUUUCCCUUCCCUGAAUGAGAUUUUUCUCCUUUUUAUGUGGGGUAGUUAUUUGUGACCCAAGGGUAAUUUGGAUGAUUUCCAUUACUAUCAACCCUUGAAGCCUACUUGUACUGAUUGAGAUUGUAUUUGUUCCUAAUAAAAGUGGAUCUGGCUGUACUGUCA